AUUCAGCGUCAUCUUUAUACGGCAAUUGAUCUAAAAUUAUGUAUACGCAACGUAUGUUUGACAUGUGGAGCAGCGUCACUUCAAAACUGGAAGCACACGCAAAUAAUCUGGGUCAAAGCAACGUCCAAUCCCCAACAGCAGCUGGACAAAAUAAUUCAAGCGGUUCCAUCAAAGCUCAAAUUGAAAUAAUUCCAUGCAAAGUUUGCGGCGAUAAAUCAUCGGGCGUGCAUUACGGCGUCAUCACAUGCGAGGGAUGCAAAGGAUUUUUUCGUCGAUCACAAAGUUCUGUGGUGAAUUAUCAAUGUCCGCGCAAUAAACAAUGUGUUGUGGAUCGUGUGAAUCGUAAUCGCUGUCAAUACUGUAGACUGCAAAAGUGCCUAAAAUUGGGAAUGAGUCGUGAUGCUGUAAAAUUCGGCAGGAUGUCCAAGAAGCAACGUGAAAAGGUUGAGGAUGAGGUGCGUUUCCAUCGUGCCCAGAUGCGAGCCCAAAGUGAUGCAGCGCCCGAUAGUUCGGUCUACGAUACGCAGACGCCAUCGAGCAGCGAUCAGUUGCAUCAUAAUAAUUACAAUAGCUACAGCGGCGGCUAUUCAAACAAUGAGGUGGGUUAUGGAAGUCCUUAUGGCUAUUCGGCAUCGGUAACGCCGCAACAGACAAUGCAAUAUGAUAUAUCGGCCGAUUAUGUGGAUAGUACUACAUAUGAGCCCCGCAGUACAAUGAUUGAUCCCGAAUUUAUUAGUCAUGCGGAUGGCGAUAUCAAUGAUGUGUUGAUUAAAACUCUGGCUGAGGCGCAUGCCAACACAAAUACCAAACUGGAAGCUGUGCAUGACAUGUUUCGAAAGCCGCAGGACCUUUCACGAAUUAUCUACUAUAAAAAUCUGGGGCAAGAGGAACUUUGGUUAGACUGUGCCGAGAAGCUUACACAAAUGAUACAAAAUAUAAUCGAAUUUGCUAAGCUUAUACCAGGCUUUAUGCGACUGAGUCAGGAUGAUCAGAUAUUGCUGCUAAAGACGGGCUCAUUUGAGCUGGCAAUUGUCCGUAUGUCCAGAUUGCUAGAUCUCUCACAGAAUGCUGUACUAUAUGGUGAUGUAUUGCUGCCUCAGGAGGCAUUCUAUACAUCCGAUUCGGAGGAGAUGCGUCUAGUGUCGCGCAUUUUCCAAACGGCUAAAUCGAUAGCCGAACUAAAACUGACUGAAACUGAACUGGCGCUGUAUCAGAGUCUUGUAUUACUCUGGCCGGAGCGCAAUGGAGUUCGAGGUAAUACGGAAAUACAGAGGCUUUUCAAUUUGAGCAUGAAUGCAAUACGGCAAGAGCUGGAAACGAAUCAUGCGCCGCUCAAAGGCGAUGUCACUGUGCUGGACACAUUGCUGAAUAAUAUACCCAAUUUCCGCGACAUUUCAAUUUUACAUAUGGAAGCGUUGAGCAAAUUUAAACAACAGCAUCCGAAUGUUGUGUUUCCGGCUCUGUAUAAGGAACUGUUUUCGAUAGAUUCACAACAGGAUCUGACAUAACAACAGGAGCAGGAGGAUGAGCAGCAGCAGUCGCAGCAGCAGCAACAGCCGCAGCAGCCGCAGUUCAUGGAUACAUCAACAUCAGAUCAGGAUGUAAUGGAUGUGAAUCCUAAUACAGAGGGAUGUACGCUGGAGAUGACCUUAAUGCCGCAGCAGCAGCAGCUGGAGGACUAAAAGGAUCCCAUCUACUGCAGCAAGAAAAAUAAAAUAAAAAUGAAUAACAAUACAAUUUAACAUCAACAACAACAAAGGACAACUUUAUCAUCAUUUAAGCUAGCAUACAACCAAGGAUGUGAUCCUGGCCAAGGAUUCACUUACACACACACCCACACACACACACACACAUACACAUUUAUCAUGCAUGCUAAAGGCAUUUCAAAGGAAAAUCUUAAGCAAAUGAAAAUGCAUUUUUCAAAACAAAACAAAACACAACAAAAACAGGAAAGGGCAUAUACAAAAUAUCUUUUGGUAUAUAU